AGCGCGGCCGGAGCGGGCGGAGCGGAGCCCAGCGGGCGCAGCGCGGAGCGGGCGCGGAGGAGCCGCCGAGCGAGCGCAGUGUUCCAGGCUUCCCGUUGUGCCCAGAGUCUCUCGGAGCAGGAGGCCUGAGGGGACUGAGCCCCUCCAAGCCGUGCCAGGAGGGGAGGAGGAGGUGGCCUGAGUGUCCCCCAGCCAUGAGCCGCCGCGUGGUGCGCCAGAGCAAGUUCCGGCACGUCUUCGGGCAGCCGGUGAAGGCAGACCAGAUGUACGAGGACAUCCGUGUCUCCAAGGUGACGUGUGACAGCUCCUUCUGCGCUGUCAACCCCAAGUUUGUGGCCAUCAUUGUGGAGUCCGGUGGUGGCGGGGCCUUCAUCGUCCUGCCCCUUGCCAAGACAGGACGGGUGGACAAGAACCACCCGCUGGUGACGGGACACACGGCGCCCGUGCUGGACAUCGACUGGUGUCCCCACAACGACAACGUCAUCGCCAGCGCCUCGGAGGACACCACUGUCAUGGUGUGGCAGAUCCCCGACUAUGUCCCCGUGCGCAACAUCACGGAGCCCGUGGUGACACUGGAGGGACACUCCAAGCGGGUGAGCAUCAUCUCCUGGCACCCCACCGCCCGCAACGUCCUGCUCAGCGCAGGCUGCGACAACCUGGUGAUCCUCUGGAACGUGGGCACCGGGGAGAUGCUGCUGGCUCUGGACGACAUGCACACCGACCUCAUCUACAACGUGGGCUGGAACCGCAACGGCAGCCUGCUGGUCACCACCUGCAAGGACAAGAAGGUCCGUGUCAUCGACCCCCGCAAGCAGCAGAUCAUAGCGGAGAAAACCAAACCGCACGACGGCACCCGGCCCAUCCGCGCCAUCUUCGUGGCCGAUGGCAAGAUCUUCACCACGGGCUUCAGCAGGAUGAGCGAGCGGCAGCUGGGCCUCUGGGACCUGAAUAACUUUGAGGAGCCCAUUGCCCUGCAAGAGAUGGACACGAGCAACGGGGUCCUGCUGCCCUUCUACGACGCCGAUUCCAGCAUUGUCUACCUCUGUGGGAAGGGUGACAGCAGCAUCCGGUACUUCGAGAUCACGGACGAGGCUCCCUACGUGCACUACCUGAACACCUACAGCAGCAAGGAGCCCCAGCGGGGCAUGGGCUUCAUGCCCAAGCGAGGGCUGGAUGUCAGCAAGUGCGAGAUCGCCAGGUUCUUCAAGCUGCACGAGCGCAAGUGCGAGCCCAUUGUCAUGACGGUGCCACGCAAGUCAGACCUCUUCCAGGAUGACCUGUACCCCGACACGCCAGGCCCCGAGCCGGCCCUGGAGGCAGAUGAGUGGCUGUCGGGGAAGGACGCAGAGCCCAUCCUCAUCUCGCUGCGGGAUGGGUACGUGCCCAUCAAGAACCGGGAGCUGAAGGUGGUCAAGAAGAACAUCCUGGACAGCAAACCCCCGCCAAGCCCCCGGCGCAGGCACUCCACCUGCGACUCAGACUUCUCUCAGCCAGCCUUGGAGGAGGUGCUGGAGGAGAUCCGUGCCCUGAAGGAGACGGUCCAAGCGCAGGAGAAGCGCAUCUCCGACCUGGAGAACAAACUCGGCCAGUUCACCAACGGCACGGACUAGCGCGGUGGCCACGGCCACGAGCACGGGCAGGGCCAGGACUGCCCCGGCCUGCCGGGGAUUAAAGCCGAGUCCCCACCUUGGGCAGGAGCCCAGAGCCGAAUUCUUUCCCCAGGAGCCGAGGGGGCAGGCAGGGGUCGGACCUGACCCCGCCUCCACUGGCAUCAGUGGUGUCCUGGCCCAUGGGCACCCACUGCAGCACCCGAGGGGUGUCCUGUUCUAUGGGCACCCACUGCAGCACCCGAGGGGGUCUCCUGUUCCAUGGGCACCCACUGCAGCACCCGAGGGGUGUCCCGGCCCAUGGGCACCCACUGCAGCACCCGAGGGGGUCCCACUCAGGGCCCACAGGCUGGGGCACAGCAGCCCCCCAGCACAGGGAGCUGCCAGCCCCCCCCAGGCCGGGAUGUGCUUGUGUACGGUGCUACCCCCCCCCCCCCAUCACCCCCUCACCUCCCCCUGCCCCAUCGGCCCCUCGGAGGGUGCUCCCACCCGGCUCUUCGCUCCUGCACCCCUUUAAUAAAGGGCUCAGCCACCCUUGGCUGCGUGGCACUACCAGGGAUGAGGGGCACCGUGCCAGGGGUGCUGCCAGCACCCCCCUGCCAGCUCCCACAGCCUGUGAGCCCCGGCCCAGGCAGAGGGAGGCCGAGAGAGACGA